UUAAAGCCUAUACACCCCUCUCUUAGCUUUAGCUAUCUAUCUAAUGGAGUUUCAAUUUCCAUUCAAUUUCAUUUUCUUAUUCCUUUUCCUAUCAUUCCUCUAUUUACUACUUGUGGAAUGGAAAAAAUCAAGAAACUUAAACAGAAAACUUCCUCCAGGCCCAUGGAAAUUGCCCUUUAUAGGAAGUGUCCAUCACUUGGCAUUAGAAGGUGGACUUCCUCAUCAUGCACUCACAAAUUUGGGUAAAAAACAUGGACCUUUCAUGCACCUUCAACUAGGAGAAAUUUCUACCAUCAUAGUUUCUUCUAUGGAUAUGGCGCGAGAGGUACUGAAAACUCAUGACCUCGCUUUUGCAUCAAGGCCUAAAUUAUUAGCCCUCGACAUAAUAUGUUACAAGAGCACUGACAUCGCAUUUAGUCCUUAUGGAAAUUACUGGAGACAGAUGCGCAAAGUAUGUGUCUUGGAACUUCUCACUACCAAGAACGUAAGAUCCUUUAGUUCCAUUAGGCGGGACGAGGCUUCACACCUUGUGCAAUUCAUCCAGUCAUCAACACGUGACGAGCCAAUAAAUGUUACGGAGCGGAUUUUAUGGUACCAGAGCUCAAUUACAUGCAAAGCAGCAUUUGGGGAAUUGUUGAAAGAUCAAGAGAAAUUCCUUGGAAUACUAAGAGAAUUGAUGGAAGUGGCAGGUGGAUUUAAUUUGGCUGACAUUUUCCCUUCAAUCAAGAUCCUUCAAGUGUUAAGUGGAUUGAAGAGUAGAAUCUUGAAAGUUCACAAAAAUAUUGAUGUUAUUGUUGAGGAUGUUAUCAAUGAGCACAAGAAGAAUAUUGCAAGUGGUAAAAAAGGAAAUGGUGCAUUUGGAGGUGAAGAUUUAGUUGAUGUUCUACUAAGAUUAAUGGAGAGUGGGGGACUUAAAAUCCCAAUCACCAAUGACAACAUCAAAGCAAUUAUCAUUGACUUGUUCUCUGCGGGAACAGAAACUUCAUCAACAACAGCAACAUGGGCUAUGUCAGAAAUGAUGAGGAAACCAAGUGUAUUAGCAAAGGCACAAGCUGAGGUAAGAGAAGCAUUCAAAGGAAAAGAAACUUUCGAUGAAGAUGUUAUUGAGGAAUUGAAAUACUUAAAACAAGUUGUUAAAGAAACCUUCAGACUUCAUCCUCCACUCCCUCUCUUAGUCCCUAGAGAAUGCAGGGAAGAAACAAACAUCAGCGGUUACACUAUCCCAUUAAAAACAAGAGUGAUGGUUAACGUUUAUGCAAUGGGGAGGGACCCGAAGUAUUGGGAAGAUGCAGAAAGCUUUAUCCCUGAGAGAUUCGAGCAGAGCUCUGUGGAUUUCAUGGGGCAUAACUUUGAGUAUCUUCCUUUUGGUGCCGGAAGGAGAAUGUGUCCUGGGAUUACCAAUGUUUAUCUUCCACUAGCUAAAUUGUUGUAUCAUUUUGAUUGGAAAUUACCUGAUGGUAUGAAGCCUGAGGAUGUGGACAUGACUGAAUUUUCCGGAAUAACUGCAGCAAGAAAGAGCGAGCUCUACUUGAUUGCCACUCCUUAUUAUCCUUCUCAUGAAUGAUAUUUUAUCCUCUCUGUUCUUCUUUUUUUGUUUGUGAAUUAUGUAUUUAAUGAUAUUUGUUUCAACCUGGUAUGUAAUAUAUUCAUGUGUUGUUCAAUGAUCAGUUCAUGUACUUAGAAGUUUUGUUUAUUAAGAAUAAUAGCUUCACCAUCAAAAAUAA